GAAACUUUGGCAUGCUCUGGAUUCAGAGGCAAUGAAGUCUCUGACGCUGGCAAAGUUCACGAGGCAAAGCAGGAAGAGUUGCCCAGGUCAGGAAAUCGUCAGAGAAGGAGGGCACAGGCUGCUGCAACUGGCAGCUGUUUUAACACCAGGCAUUGCUCGGGCACAACCUGGCUAGGAAAGGCAUGGUGAACGCUGAACAGCCAGACCCUCCCUCAGCCUCUGGCAGGAUGGCGCUUCACCGCAGCCAGAAGCUGAACCUGCUGCGUCUCGCGGUCCUCCUGACGGUGGCACUGGCUGGCAUCAAGUUCUUCUUCCGGGACAGCUUUACGCUGGACCAACGCAGGGAAGUUAGCGGGGAAAGCCACUUCUGGGGCAAUGCUCAGCAGGACAUGAAACAGCCAGGCAACACCCAGGCUCGAUCAGUGGGGCACUUGGAUCGGCAGGCAGCGGCCGGAGCGCCUGGCCCGGAGUUGAAGAAACUGCCCCACCGCGAUUUCAGCUCCAUGCAGAUGCGGUUAGUCCAUCUGGACCUCAAAGGGGCAGCUCCUAAAGUAUCCUACCUGGAGCAGAUCUUCCCGCUCUUCUCCAAGAUGGGGGCCAAUGGGGUCCUGGUCGAGUACGAAGACAUGUUUCCCUUCCAGGGAGAACUGGAGAUACUCAGGUCCCCCUAUGCUUACAGCGAAGAAGAUAUCACGAAGAUCCAGGAGCUGGCAGACCUCAAUAAACUGGAAAUAAUCCCCUUAGUGCAGACUUUCGGGCACGUGGAGAUGAAGUCCAGCAACAUCUCCUGUGUAGAAGAGACCCAGUUCAUCUUGAAGCAUGAGAAGUACCGGCAUUUGCGUGAGGUAGAACGUUUCCCCAACAGCUUCAACCCCCACCUGCCAGAGACCCUGGCUCUCCUGAAGGCCCUACUCACCCAGGUCCUCAGCAGGCACCCCCACUCCAGUUGGGUACACAUCGGGGCCGAUGAGGUCUUCCACUUGGGUGAAGGAUUGGACUCCAAGAACUGGAUGAGUCGCAACGGUGGCGAUGCGGGGAAGAUGUACCUGAACCACAUCCGGGAGGUGGUGCAAUUCAUCGCCAGCCAGCCUUGGGGGCAGCAGGUGCUGCUCUGGGACGACAUGCUGCGGAAGGUUGGGGUUGCAGCCAUCCAAGAUUCCGGCAUUGCCAAACACACGUCUCCCGUCCUGUGGUUUUACGCGCCAGACUUCGAUACGCAGCAAAUAGGAAGGUACAUUGAAAAAUACGCCGAGUGCGGCUUCUCAACCAUCUGGUUUGCCAGCGCCUUCAAAGGCACCACGGGCCCCGCCCAGGCCUGGACCCCCCUAAACACCCACCUGCAGAACCACCUGCGAUGGUUGAAGGUCAUCCAGUCCAUGGAGAAGACGCCCUCCAUCCGUUUCCAGGGCAUCGUGCUCACCGGCUGGCAAAGGUAUGACCACUACUCUGCCUUGUGUGAGCUGCUGCCUGUCGGGAUUCCCUCACUGGCUGUGUGUUUGCAGACCCUGGUGAACGGAGGCUUCACAGACGCUGCCAAAAAGAAAGUCCUGGCCAUCCUUGGCUUCCAGAACCUGCACCUGGAAAAGAACACCUGCGAAGGAACGGGGGCGUUUCCGGGCGCCGAUAUCUACCGCCUGGUCGAGCAAGUAGAUGGGCAGCUGAAGGACUCAGUCAGCAAAGUCUUGGAGGAUGAAAGCUCCAUCAAGGGAUGGUUCAGCCCGUAUCAUCGCAAGCAUCAGUUCGGCAACCCACGAAACAUGGAAAGUUUCGGCAGCAAAGUGCUCAAAGUCCACGAAGAGUGGGAGAGCAUCAUCCAGACCCUGCGCUCACACAUGGAAAACAUCUACUUCCCUGACACUGUGGAGGAAUGGAUGGAGGAGAACGUCAAUCCCCACAUGGACCACUUGCGCGAGUUUGUCCGGGACUUCAAAGAAGUCAUCCGCCUGAAUGCCCGGCCCAAGACCCUCUAGGGAAGGGCCCCCUCCCAGGCACAAAGGGGGCCCCUGUUCGUGGUUCAGUCCAACCUGUUUUUUUAAAAACUU